AUGGGGCAGAGCUUCUUAAGCGAAGUCCUCUGUCGGUAUCAUACUGUUCAGACCCGAGGUGUCCGGCUUGAUCGAAGCGAAGUCUUAGCGUUGGUAGAAGUCGUGGCACUAUGGGUAUCCUUCUUCGCCGCGCUGACUGUGUCUACAGCAGUUUUCUCCUUGUCAUUGCUGCUCGACUCUGCAUUUGAUGCUGCUGCUGCAGCGUGA